GCAGUUUUCAUUUGCCCAAAUCAAUCCCACAAUCCUCAAACAGUGCUGGUGUAUUCAUUUGAAUGGUGAAACUCCGAAAAGCUAGCAAAGUAACUUAGCCCUCAAUGAACGAGACAAGUUGCGACUGAGUGUACACAAACUCCGGCUUUUAGGGGGGUUAUACGCUCAAGGAGACUUCAAGACACUUCGCAAAAUGAAACGUGUCCCAUACUAUGGCCGAUAGAAAGCAUGACAGGCAACAGAAAGUCCUUUCCUUCAACCAGAACAAGCCUCAUGGCCUUCUGCGACCCAGCCUGCGUCCUGCUGCUGAGAAGAACAUGAAGCAGGUGGAUAUUUUAAAUAAGGGAGAAUUAGAUAAGCACAGAUUUCCAGUGCCUUGCGGAGAACACGGUCCAGGCAAAUCGAAGCGAGAGUCUGCGUGCAAGAGGAAGGUUUGUUCAUUGGUGUCGGUGAGCUUGAAGCGGCUCUGCCAAGCGUCACGUGCGGGCCGGGCCUGUGACCCCGGCAUGGCCAACAAAGAAAAUGAGCUGACAUGCUCCGAAGACAUGCGGAGCGUUCACUACAGUGACAACUGCGGGCUCCCGGUGAACUCUGCAGAGACCUCCAAGAUGGCAGGGGCCAGCUCCAAAUACAUUGACUUUACAGAGCUAUCAAAGGACCACGAAGCUAUGACUCAUGUACUUUUUGGAAGGAAUCUACGGUUAAAUGUAGCUCUGACAUUAUGGCGACGUAAUGCUAGUGAAUUAGUGGCCUACCUGAUCAGAAUUCAAGACACAGGUGUGCUGCUUGAUUGCCUACCUGUCUUAACAAACAACCUUAAAGAUGAAACACCAUGUAUUUCACUUGGCUGCUGUGUUGACCUUCUACCGCAAGUCAAAGGGAUUCUUGCGAGUAAAUAUGAGGAACACAUAAUGGUGGGUUUACACUGGGUUCAGUCCGUGAUCAGGAAGUGGUGGCCAGAAAUUUCCACAAAGGACAAAAGCCUGCAGGACAGCUGUUCAGAAGAGAGGAACAUUGAAGUCUUGAAGCAGCGGCUGAAGGACUUGUGGAAGGAUGGAGCCCGGUUAUGUUUAGUUCCAGGAACUACAGGAGAAAUAGCAAAGGCCAUCGAGGCUUAUCUAUCUCAACUGCGCUGACAAUUGUUGAUGUAGCACUGAGGAUGUGACCACUACUGCCGAAUCAUGGCUGUGUUUUGAACUGAUAAAAGGUGCCAGACAAACGGACUGGUUCAUUCUGCCACUCAGACCUCUCACUGGGACUGAACUUGAUCAUUCAGGCAACUCCCUCGUUCAGAGCUGGAGACAGAUAAGGAGGGUGAGAGAGCCUUUCUGCAAAAAACAGGAAAUGACUGCUUCACAUUGAAGUGGAUCGUCUUUUGAAGGGGCACACGGCAAAUCUCCAUGAGACUGGGUCUGGGCUGCUUGAUGAAGUGCCAAGCUCUUUCUCGCCACACCAUUCUUUGCCAUGGAAUGCAAAUGCACUUGUGGAUGUAAUGAAUGCCCCCCUGUUAUGUUUUGCACCUGGGUUCUUCUGAAUCAAGAACUUGAAACUGCAACAGUCUUAAGUUAUUAGAGCUCUCGAUGUUUUCAUUUUGCCUCUUCGUAUGUUUGACUAUCAUUGUAAAAACAGUGAUUCUUUUAAUCUUCUUUAAAAUAAAUUUGCUAAAAAUCAA